UCACGGAAUCACGAGUACUCCACGUCAGGUGUUGGCGAGCCUUAUAAAAGCUGUGCAGCCCACGUUCACCUCUGCACUUCCAUGAGGGCGACAGUGGCAGCUCUCCUUCUGUGUCUUGUGGUGGCAGCAUGCCGCUGCCAGGAGACUCCGCCUGGCCCUCCUGGACCAACUGAUGGUCCACAGCCAACUGGUCCACCUGGCCCACCAACUGGAGGCCCUGAUCCGACAGGUCAACCUACUGGAGGUCCUGAACCAACUGGACCACCAGGCACACCAACAGGAGGUCCUGAACCAACUGGGCCACCUGGCCCACCAACUGGAGGUCCUGAACCAACAGGUCAGCCCACUGGAGGUCCUCAACCAACUGGAGGGCCCCAACCAACUGGUGGACCUCAGCCUACAGAAGGCCCACAGCCUACUGGCCCACCAGGGCCACCAGGACCGUCUUCUGGGGGACUUUGGGGUUGUUGAAUUCCUGUACACGCAUCUGCGAAACAUCAAGAGAUUUCAGCCGUGAUAUUUAUGAUAAACUCUACCUGAUUUUAAAGAUGGAAGUGUUCUGGAAAUUGCUUUGUAAAAUUAUUUCUCAUUAAAUCAGCAUUGCAAAAUC